UUCAGCGCUGGACUGUAGCGUAACGCUAGCGUAAACCUUCGAUUACAUAUCUGCAGUGGCGACUUGAACAAACUGCUUCAAAAUAUGACAUGAAGAUAAGUGUAAUUUUAGUCAUACUGAUACGCACUGCAAAUGAGCGGUUGUGACUGUGUAGGGUUUUGUGCUGCCUCUUUCUUGCUCGUAUCAGCCUUCAGGCACUUUCAAACUCCGAUUGCAAUUCCUUUUGAAGCGCGUUCACUGUCUCUUUCAAAAGCGCAGUCGCUUAUUUCCCUCCUAUGCACGCGCUUACCGACUGAGUAUGCUUGCAUCCCAGGCGUAAACUAAUGGAAAGACGGAGAACGCAAUGAUGGCGACCGCCGCGGAGGAAAUUUGCCACAGCAGUCCCAAUUCUGAAAAUUACAUCACGUCAGUAUCUUUUAAAAUCACAAGGAAAAACCAGGACAGACCCUGGACAUUGAGGUUUAUUUACCUGCAGUGCUAUUUCAUAUCAGUUGCAACUAUUCUGGGAACUGGGAUUUUAGGUCUCCCAGUCACAAUUGCACAAGCUGGGUUGCUCCCUUUCCUGGUCUCCUUUGUCAUUGGUUUCUUCAUACAGGGCCUGCUUAUAUACCUGUUUGUUGACUUGCUUCAGAGAUGCAGAGUUGUACAAAUGGAGUCUUUAAAGUCCUCAGAGACGGAGAGAAUUCUAAUGCAGGAUGUUGGGUUGGAGGAGCCUGCUCCCACUAAUAUAGAGAUGGAGGAGGAUGAGGAAGAUGGGGAAGAACCAGACAGGGAUCUUCUUCAGAGGGACACAUCUGUAAGCAACCUGGAGGGGUUGUUAGGACCCAGUCUUCACAGCUUGGGAGUUCUCUUCCUCAACAAGUAUAUGAGUCAUGCCUUCAACUUCAUCCUGCUCUUUCAGUUCAUAUCUGUCGGGAUCAGCUACGCCCUGGCAGGCAGCGAGGCCUAUGCUGAGCUUCUCCAUGUGAGGCAUAUUUAUGUUAUUCCUGUGUUCACCUGGAUACUUUCUCUGGGAAUUCUCCUGGCUCAGAUUGUGAUUCAGCCAAUCACAUCAUUGCUGACCCUCCUCAAAGGGACUCUGCUAAUUGUCACGGUGGCUGUGACAUUCACCGUGGGUUCAGAAGUUCACCAAGAGAUGACAAAUGACUUCUCUCAAAUAGGAAAACCUUUUCUGAUGGGCACCGUAGCGCUGGGUGGGAUUGUCAAUGUGAUGCCGUUCCUCUUCUCUGAAAUCUCCCAUAACAAAUCACAGAUCAUGUGGUUCAGAAGAGUUGUACUGGGAGGACUUGUCACAUGCACUGUUUUAAAUAUUUUAUGGUGCUGGGCAGUGCUGGAAAUCGUUCCCCAGAUGUCCGUUAAAAAAGUCUUAGAAGAUGGAAUCUCAAAUAACAGCGGCAUCUUCACAGAGACCUCUCCGCCGGCAUACACAUUUGUCUACUCCAACAUCUCCCUGGAGGAGUCAGAGAGAGUGGGAGAGAUAGCAACUAUCCCACUUACAAAGAUCAUUAAUCAGAAGCACAGGCACUUCUCCUGGGUGGUGAAAUUGAUACAGAUUUUUAUUGCCAUCAGUAUAACAGUGUCUUUUCUGGUGAUGGGAUCUGCAAUGAAACAUACAAUUGAUGGUUUAGUGAAUGCCCUCUUGGAUGGGAAUGCCGAGGGCAUGUGUAGAAACAGUGGGAAGAGUUUGCCUCGCUUCCUUCAGAGGUGUAACUCAAGAAGAUUAGUCAAUGGAUUCAUGUCUCUCCUGGCAUUUGGACUCAUUUUUCUUGUAGCAUCCUGCGAUCCAAAGGGAUUUGUGGUGAUGCUGGAUAAAGUGGUAUCUUUCUCCCUGAACACCGAAAUGGGUUUGUUCAUUUUCCUAAUGAUGCGGACGUCCAGGUCAGAGCCAUUCAGACACCUUUCUGUGCCUCUGCCUAUGGGGGAGAGACUCUUCCGGCUGCACUGGGUCCUGCCUCUGUACUUCCUCUUCGCCGUGGGGUAUGACGUCUUCACUAGCCUGAUGGAAGUAGCAGAAAGCUUUAUCCAAACCCAGUCCCAGUCAACCAACUCGUCCCUCCACUGAGACCCAGGACUCACUGACAUAAUGGUAUGGUCACUGGUGCUGCUCAACAUUUGUACAUUCUCUUUCUGUACAAUGUGAAACAUUACCGCUUCCCUUUUAAUAUUGUACAUCACUUAGGUUAAAGUGAGCAUUUAGACUAAGGGUCCAACAUGCUAAAUUCCCCCAGAGGAAAAAAAAAAAAUGAAGUUCUUGAAUAUUGAAUUGAAUAUGCAAGCACUCAUGAUAACACUUUAUACAGUGGAAAAAAUAAUUUUCACUUGCAUGGUUUAUGCUGCAAUACUCAUCACACUUUGUCAGUAGUCUGAUUUUUAAGUUGACCACCUGCAAUCUUGUUAAUAUGUAGCUACUUCAUGAUCAUAGCAGUUUAACCUGUUUUAUAGGGCAAUAUCUGGGUGUGCUUCCAGGCACUAAUCAUGAGAGUUUAUAGCCCUUUCAAGGACUGCAUAUCAUUUGUGCUCUAGAUUCGGUACUUGCAGUAGUAUGACUGACAAGUUUAUAAUGUUGUAUAUGAGCAUAAUCUUUGCAUUGGUAGACUGAUAUUCUUACUUUAGAACAGUAUGUGUGCCAGCUCAGAUGCAGUUUAUGGAAGAUUAUUCCUUUUCAGAACUGCAACUUUCUGUAUAUAACUGUGCUGCUUAAAUUCCCACCUUCUGAAGAUCUUUGUAUCCGACAAUUGGGUCUCAAGUUUUACUGAAAAUGUUUUUUGAGAUCUAACAACCAUGGAAAAAGUUGGUGAGCAAAUGAACAGUGGGCGAUGGUGUAGCGCAGAGGUCAAGAAAGUAGGCUUGAAGGUUUCAGAGCUAUUCCCAGGUGGUGUGGUUUCAUCGCACCCUAGAGCAAAGAGCUUAACCUGGAUUGUUACAGCACAUCAAGCUAAAUGUAAAAAAAGUAAGCUAUGUAUGCUGAAUAACUUGCCUUUGCCAGUUGAAUAUAAAAUGACU